CUCCGUGGAAAUUCUCCAUUUUCAUUUCUGAAUUCGAUUUCUCGUUGGCAAUAAACUUGAUUUGCAUCAAAUUUGGGUUAGAAAAUUUGAGUUUUUUUUGUUCCGAUUCAGCAUCUCAACUUGCUUGUUGAAUUGAGAGAUUUUGGUGUUCUCUUUUAACAGGGUUUGGAUAUUGUUAAAGAAAUUAAUAGCAUAAUAAUACGGAGACUAAAUCUGCAAUUGUUAUGGAGGAACAAUCAUUCUUUACCAACUUCCUUGUCAACCUUCGUUCCUCUUGCAAGUAUUACACAGGCUAUCCUAAGAAUCUUGGGCCAUCGAAAGUUAUUCACUUUACCUCGGAAAGGGAAUUUGUCCAACUUCUUCAUCAAGGCUACCCGGUAGUCGUUGCAUUUACGAUCAAGAGUAACUACAGCAAACAUCUUGACAAAGUUUUUGAGGAGUCUGCAGCCGAGUUUUAUCCACAUGUAAAAUUUUUACGUGUUGAAUGCCCAAAGUACCCGGGAUUUUGCAUAACAAGACAAAAGAAGGAAUAUCCAUUUGUAGAGAUGUUUCAUAGUCCAGAACAGGCAGCUGCUCAGGGCAGGGUUGCUGAUCCUAAUAUUACCAAAUACUCUGUCAAAGUUUUACCUUUCAACUAUGAUCUAAGUGCUUAUGGAUUUCGUGAGUUCUUCAAACGACAUGGAGUCCGAUCAUCAGAUUCAAAUUAGAAGUUAAAGAGUAUCGAACAUGCAUGUUGAGUAAAAUGCUGUUCCUGAACGAUCAUCGAUGAACACAAGCAGAAAUGAAUGGCACGGGUGGUUCAUGUUUAUCGAAGAACACAGUGAAGAAACUGGCUCUUGUGCAUAUAUAGCUUUAAUAAUAGGCACCAGCAAACAGGUUUGGUUGGAGCACAUAAGUUUCUGGUCAACAAAUGACAAAACUGUUCUAAAUUUCUUUAACCCAUACCAAAAUGAGCCUUAAU